AUGACAGCGACGUACCAAGGGCCCAAUGACGUGUCGGCGACGAGUUUACAGACCCAGGAGUACUUGAGCCAGCAGCAGUAUCGGAAGACGGCAAAAGUGGUGACGGCUCCGACUAAUGACGAGGAUGUCAGAAGAGUGCUCGAGAAGCUGGGUGAACCGGUUGACGUUAGUAAUGGAGAAAACUAUGAAGAUAAAGCUGAUAGACGUGCCAGGUUACAGAAGUUGCUGGUCGAUAUUUAUAAUCGAGGAGAGGAUGUCAGUGCUCUGAUAGCUGGCGGAGAAGUAGAUGGAGAUCAGAUGGACGAAGAUGAGGAAGAGGAAGAAGAAUUCUAUACCGAGGGUGGCAUGGAUUUACUGACCGCCAGACGUAAUAUUGCUCGAUACUCGCUGACAGAGGUGGCGAAACGAACCAAGAGACAGAAGAUUGAGGCUGCAAUUCCUCUGGUACGACAUGUCAAGUUACGGCGAGAGAUAUACGGGGAGCUGCAGCAGUUCACAUCGCUUGGAGCCCAGUCUGGGUUCGACAGACCUGUGUCAGCUACGGUAUUCUCCCCAAAUUCCAAACUAGUGGCUGCUGGAGACUGGUCUGGCGCAGUCAAAAUACUGUCUGUACCUAAUUUAGAGACCAUUGCCAGCUAUAAAGGUUAUCAUACGGGCCAGGUUACGGGUGUAGCAUGGCAUCCUAAGGCUACCAUCGGUCAAAGCGAACAAACAGUCAAUCUUGCCAGCUCAGGUUUAGAAGGCAAUAUUCAGCUAUGGGGAUUAGACGCAACUGCUAAUCAAAGACCGUUAGCGACGCUGGAAGGUCACGAGAAACGGGUAUGUAAAAUCGACUUCCACCCUUCUGGUCAGUACCUGGCAUCAGCUUCAUAUGACCUGACCUGGCGACUCUGGGAUAUCAAUACCUGUCAGGAGAUACUACUCCAAGAGGGACAUUCAAAAGAGGUAUUUACAGUGCGAUUCCAGAAAGACGGAGCUCUAUUAGGAUCAGCCGGUCGCGAUGCCAUUGGCCGGAUCUGGGACCUGCGUACCGGUCGUACAAUCAUGAUUCUGGACGGCCAUAUCCGUGAAAUCUACGGCAUGGACUUCUCUCCAAACGGAUACCAAGUAGUCACUGGCGGUGCUGACAAUUCUGCUAUCGUGUGGGACAUCCGCCAACUCAAGAGCAUCUUCACCAUUCCCGCACACACGAACCUCGUCUCUGAAGUGCGCUUCUUCCAGGGCCUACCUUCCAGUCUCCAAACAACCACACCUGACGACAACCCAGAUACAGCGAUCCCACAAUCAGCAGGAACCUUCCUGGCAACCUCCUCCUACGAUCGCACCAUCAAAGUAAGUGGCUCUACGGCCUCCGGCGGCUGGGGCGCAGCCCCAAACCCCGCUGCUCCUCUCGCUUUGCUCGAGUCGUCCCGUCGACUAUCUGAGUGGUCUCUUGCGAAGCAGGAGCUACCGGGUCUGGGGCGGAGCCCCAGCCGCCGGAGGCAGAAAGCACGCACUCGGAGAUUACUAACAGAUUCCAGCUCUGGAGCGCCGACAACUGGGCCUUGCAGAAAACCCUCACCGACUCGGAGCGAGUGCUCUCGGUGGACAUUUCCAACGGUAAGUUUUCUACUUUGA